CUAAAAGAUAGCCAUCAUUUAUAACAGUGAUUUGUUUAUUGCUAAGAGCUAUGAAUGCAGAAUGAACUGCAAGCUGUCAUGCAUGCACUCAAUUGCGCAGCAUGAUUAAAGCUAAACAGACUUGAUUUAUGCAAAAACAGUGCAGCAUUGAUCUGAAGUGCCUCGUAAAAUGUCAGUUUGAAGAAACACCCAUUUGUAUUAACUUUUCAGUUUCUUCUAUUUGUGUUACAUUAUAUAUUUACAAUGAUUCUGUACCUUAACCUUCCUUUCUUUGACUAUUUACCAAGCAAUGUGAUUACAUCUGCUUACUUUGUUCUGUUAAACAGCUUAAGUCCUGAACAAUAUAACAUCUCAAGGUAAGUAUUAUUUAAAUUUUCCUAAUUAAUCUUAAGAGGAUCCAGUUUAGAUGCUCUGCCUAACCUGUGAUCUUUACAUGUUUGUCAAGUUUGACAGAACUCAUUGGGCCAAAUGUUUCUUGUAAAGGAGCUAAACUCACGAGGAAAGUUGUUCCAUAUGAAAUGGAUAACAUACUAAAACGCAGAGUGAAUGAAUACAAGCAAUAUCAACUCAGGAGGAAGACAAACGCAGAUAUUAUUAUUGCCCCAGCCAACUCUCCUCUCCAAUAUCCAAUCACAGGUUUCAGGGUAGCUCCUCUGAAGACAAGUUUGAUACCAGGUCUUGCUCUUCAAACACAAGGGAGAGGUUUAACAACAAACAAGAGGGAGGUGUACAAGGUGUUUUUGAGUGUGAAGAGUGGAGUGCUCUCAGUGGAGGAUCUUCUGGAUGGAGAUCAGGUGGAGGGACAGGGUCAGAGUGAACUGACCAUCUCAUCCAGCAACCUCACACACCUCAAUGAUCUGCUGUCCAGAGUGACCUACACCAGCACCAUCUACCACAUCAGAACAUCAGACCUGGUUUAUUUCACUUUUGAGGAUCACAAGGCCAUAUUUCCAAUCAUGAUCAGGAGACCGUCAGUUCCUGUUUUGUAUGACCCAGGAAAAGAUAUCAACUCACAAGUGACCAUAAUAACCAAGACCUUUCUGAGGUAUAAGGAGCUGAGUGUCCUUAUCCAGAGUAUCAGGAAAUUUUACCCAAAGAUCAAGAUCAUUGUUGCGGAUGACAGCCUGAAACCUGAAAAUGUGUCUGGAAACAACAUUGAGCAUUACAUCAUGCCUCCUGCACAGGGUUGGUUUGCAGGCAGAAAUCUGGCUGUAUCUCAACUCACAACUAAAUACUUCCUGUGGGUUGAUGACGACUUUGAGUUCUUGAGUGAGACACGGAUCGAGAGAUUUGUGGAGAUUAUGGAAGCACUUCCAGAUCUAGAUGUUCUUGGUGGUGAGGUUUCGGGGGACCAGUUCUACUUUGUUCUGCAGUAUGACGAGGGAGAUGAGAAUGACGGCGGCUGCCUAAGACGUAUUAGAGAGUUUCAUCAACCACUUCCAGGUUAUGAUGGCUGCUUUCUAGUGGAUGGUGUUGUUAAUUAUUUCUUGGCUAGGACUGAUGCUGUACGAAGGGUUGGCUUUGAUCCGUUCCUCAAAAGAGUCGCUCACACCGAGUUCUUCAUUGAUGGAGUUGGCAAGCUGAUGGUUGCUUCUUGCAAAGGCCUUUCUGUUGGUCACCAGACACAUCGAGCACAGGAUGAAUAUGACAUUUAUAGGAAUCAAGGACCACUUGAAAAAGAGCAAAAACUGGCUCACCAUUUCUUUAAGAACUAUCUUAACUACAUCAAGUACUGAUUAGUUAUAAUUAGUGAACAAUCAAUCAAAUCUGAUUAUCGAUUAAUCACAAAACAUCUGGCAGUUAUGUCACCUAAUGGAUAAUGCAAACGGCAGAGGACAUAAAGUGAGCUGCAUGACCUAAGUUGGCAUAAGAAUGUUUUUCUAGUAAGUGCUUCUAACAAAUGCAUAAGCAUAACUUACACUGUUAGUUGUUUCAGUAGUAAAAUUCUGAUAUUCAACUCUUAUGACAAGCUUGUAGAAAGGCCAAGCACAAAUGGAAAAAGGAUAAAUUAUCUAUUUCAUUUCAUUUGUUUAUAGACAGUUUAUCAGCUUUUCAGUCUGCUGCUAAGUCUGCUAAGGCUACUUAUUUUUAUGAUUUUAUUUUAUUUUUUAAAACAUUCUACUCCUAAAGUUCUGUUUUCAGUUAUUAAUUCUGUUGUUACUCCUUUUGUUAACACAGUGCCUGUAGCCUCUGAUGCUCUAUGUGGAUGCUUGAGACACUUAAUUGAUAAAAUC